AAUGCAUCAAAGAACAUCAGCUAUUCACAUUUAGAAAAUAACCAAGCACAGGAAGUUGAGUGCAAACAUACCCUAUUUGGAGCAGAAUGACUAGAUUAAAUGAAGCAUUAGUACAGAAAACCUUGUAAACGAUGGAUGAUUACAAGUUCCUCUUCAAAGUUGUCUUAGUGGGCAAUGCAGGAGUUGGAAAAACUUGUCUAGUGAGACGUUUCACCCAAGGACUGUUUCCUCCUGGUCAGGGGGCAACUAUAGGUGUUGAUUUUAUGAUAAAAACUGUUGAAGUUGGUAAUGAGAAAGUAAAACUACAAAUUUGGGAUACAGCAGGGCAAGAACGAUUUAGGUCAAUUACCCAGAGCUAUUAUAGAUCUGCACAUGCCUUAAUAUUGGUAUAUGAUAUCUCUUGUCAACCAACAUUUGAUUGCCUAACUGACUGGCUAAGAGAAAUUGAGGAAUAUGCCAGUUGUAAGGUUCUUCGAGUUCUUGUUGGUAAUAAAAUUGAUAGGGAAGAUAGAGAAAUACCUACCCAUGUAGGUGAAGAAUUUGCAGAAAGGCACAAUAUGUACUACCUGGAGACUUCAGCAAAACAAUCUGAUAAUGUUGAGAGACUUUUCAUGCAAAUAGCUGAGGACCUAAUGAAACAGGCGCGAAGCAGAGAUUUGCCAAGGUAUAAUUCCAAUCACCAAAACAUCAAUGGUACAACUACACCAAUUAGCGACUCUAGUUGUUGUAGUGGGAAGUUUAUCAAUGCAAUUGUCAUAUUCGGUAAACCAACAGCCUGCAUACAUUGUAGUUAA